CUGAUGCCUCUGGUCCCCCCCUCACAAAGGUCACUAAGAGAAGCUUAUAAAUAGGCUAAAAUAUAGGCUACCGACGCGUCCAGCUCUCAGUCGCUCUCACGGACACGGGAGGACACGGACAAGACAAAACGGACAAGGGACUGCGCGCAAAGGACAUUAAAAGGACAAAAUAAUAUUAGAAAAUCACAUCAACCCAGCAGAAUGGCUCAAAAAGAAAAACUUCAGUGCCUGAAGGAUUUCCACAAGGACACUCUGAAGCCAUCUCCUGGUAAGAGCCCUGGCACCAGACCUGAAGAUGAGGCAGAGGGCAAACACCCCCAGCGGGAGAAGUGGGCCAGCAAGCUGGACUUUGUCCUGUCUGUGGCUGGAGGCUUUGUUGGUUUAGGAAACGUCUGGCGUUUCCCGUACCUCUGCUACAAGAAUGGUGGAGGUGCAUUCCUCAUCCCCUACUUCAUUUUCCUGUUUGGCGGAGGUCUGCCAGUCUUCUUCCUGGAGGUCGCCCUGGGUCAAUUCACCUCCGAGGGUGGCAUCACCUGCUGGGAAAAGCUCUGCCCCAUCUUUACUGGUAUUGGUUAUGCCUCCAUCGUGAUCGUGUCCCUGCUGAAUAUCUACUAUAUCGUCAUCCUGGCCUGGGGUCUCUACUACCUGUUCCAGUGUUUUCAGCCAGAGCUACCCUGGGCCAAGUGUAAUCAGCUGUGGAACACCGGUCACUGCAUUGAGGACACCUACCGCAAGAACAAAACUCUUUGGGUGGCUGCCAACGCCUCCAACUUCACCUCCCCCGUCACCGAGUUCUGGGAACAUAAUGUACUUGGUAUCACCAGUGGAAUCGAAGAGAUCGGUCCGAUUAAAUGGGACCUGGCUCUGUGUUUGCUGCUUGUUUGGGUCAUCUGCUUCUUCUGCAUCUGGAAAGGAGUCAAGUCCACUGGCAAGGUGGUCUACAUCACAGCCACGUUCCCAUUUGUCAUGCUCAUUGUACUGUUGAUUCGCGGUGUAACACUGCCGGGUGCUGCCGAAGGCAUCAAGUUCUACCUUUACCCUGACCUGGCUCGCCUGAAGGACCCAGAGGUGUGGAUCGACGCCGGCACCCAGAUCUUCUUCUCUUACGCCAUCUGUUUGGGUGCCAUGACGUCCUUGGGGAGCUACAACAAGUAUAAAUACAACUGCUACAGGGACUGUUUGCUGCUGGGAGCCCUCAACAGUGGUACCAGUUUUGUGUCUGGCUUCGCAAUAUUUUCCGUCCUGGGCUUCAUGGCACAAGAGCAAGGGGUGGACAUUGCUGAUGUGGCAGAGUCAGGUCCAGGCCUGGCGUUCAUUGCCUACCCCAAAGCUAUAACCAUGAUGCCUUUUCCUACACUCUGGGCGAUCCUCUUCUUUAUUAUGCUGCUGCUGCUUGGCCUCGACAGUCAGUUUGUGGAGGUGGAAGGGCAGAUCACAUCACUGGUGGAUCUGUAUCCGUCCUUCCUAAGGAAGGGUUACCGCAGAGAGAUCUUCAUCGCUAUCAUCUGCUGCAUCAGCUACCUGCUUGGUCUUACCAUGGUUACCAAGGGUGGCAUGUAUGUUUUCCAGCUGUUCGAUUACUAUGCAGCCAGCGGUGUGUGCCUUCUGUGGGUGGCAUUCUUUGAAUGUAUAGCUGUUGCCUGGGUUUAUGGCGUUGAUAAUUUCUAUGAUGCGCUUGAGGACAUGAUUGGCUACAGACCAAAUCCUUGGAUGAAAUGGAGCUGGACUGUUAUCACUCCUUUAUUGUGCAUGGGCUGCUUUAUUUUCUCCUUGGUCAAAUACAAGCCAUUGACGUACAACAAGGUCUACGAGUAUCCUGACUGGGCUAUCGGAGUGGGUUGGACUCUGGCCUUGGCCUCCAUGAUCUGCAUCCCCAUGGUGGUCGUCAUCAAGAUCAUUCGAUCUGAUGGGCCGCUCAUUGAGAGGAUUAAGGCAGUGGCAGCCCCAGUCCGUGGUGGGGCCAGCUCCCGUCCUGCGGACCAUCGCGGCCCCAAGGACCUCACCUACCCACUGGACCCCAACGGGAACAAGGGCCUGUCGCUGAAGGGCCCCACCCACACUAUCGUGGAGACCAUGAUGUAAAGGAAUGAAGUGGGGGCUCUCCAUGAGAUGCCCUUUCCUAUCUCCUGUCCUCUGAAACGCUUCUAAAGCUAGCUAGCUUUCUGUCUAUCUGUCUGUGUGUUUGUCUGGUGGACUGAUAAGGGUUUUAAGGAAAAAAAGUUCCCGUUCAAAUCUUUUAGGAAUACUUUGGACGUAGUUAGCUGUUGGUGGUUUUCUGAAGAGGGUAGCAAUCACAUUUCAAAUCUAUUUCUGAUUUACUCAUGAGCUGUUUUUGUACUAUUUUAGCGUCCAUGUGACUAUGCUUUUCCCACUUUUGUCUUGUUUGUAGACAGAGUGACAACCGAACACCAGCCUCCUGGUCAUAAGCUGGUAAAAAGUGGGGUCUGUUUGUUUUUACCAGCUACUUUUAAAAAUAACCAGCUGUUGUUCCAAAAAGGCGGAGAACGUUUUUAUCGAGUCUUGGAAUCAAACAGCUUUUUGUAGCCACAGUGUAAUACAGAAAAAGUCUUCAACACUGAUCAUAGAUCACUAAAAGCAGAUACUUUUGGCUGUCUGUGGGAAAUCUCCUUUCCUGUGAUACUCCAAACAGGGUCCACUUCUAUCUGAGGGCUUGUGCCAUAGGGUUCCACCUCCUCUGUUCCACUGGGUUCAGCUGAGGUGUGCUGAUAGACGGAAGCACACUUUUAGAGCUUUGUUAACUUUAAAGGCCCAUUCGUGUUCACAGUAAAGACGUAUACGGAUGGAGUGUGUUGUCCAUCCUCGGGGAGUUUACAGAUAAUAUGCUGCAGUACCAAUGGGAACCACUGGGGGGGGGCAGUGUUGAGAUUUGAAGAGAAUAAUAUCCAGAAAUGGCGGAACUUUUCAAAGAGUGACUGCAUGAGUUAGUGAAAAACUACUGGCAUAUUUAUGAUGCAUUAGUAAAACCUCCUCUGUCAUCGCCAUGUUUGUUAUUAUUGACUUCCUCUAAAAAACUGUUCUUUGUGGUAUCCGGACAGUAUGUUAAUUGACACUGUUUGAAACAAACGAACCUAUUUAUGUGCAUAAAGUGAGCAUGAAUGGGCCUAAAAUCGGACUCUUACCAUAUCAACCAGAGGGAAGUAUUAAGAGGCAUGUUCCCUUUCUUUCAAGAGAAUUUUUGGCAAGUCUUUUAAUGCUAUUUGAGCUUCAAAAGGCAAGAUUUUUCAACACAGUUGCCUGAAUUACACAUUUCUAUAAUCCAUGGAUAAGAACUAUGUCAAGUGAAUUUUUCCUAUAUGGAUUGGCUACUUUUCUUUUGCCUUUCCUCAAACUUCCACAAAGUUCAAAUCCUGAUUCAUAUCUAGAAAUGUAAAAAUGAAAUGUUUUGGUUUGGAUUAUCCAUGGUUUAAGGAAGGUAACUAUCUAUUUUGGCAAAUGGGUUACUAGUUUUAUGGUAAAAUCUAACAAAAUGACAGACACCCUGCUCUCAGAUAUUAUAUGGCUACAUAUCCACUGUAGACUUUUGUAGAAGAGUGGAGGAAACAGUAGUAUUUCCUCCUGCUUUUCAGAGGUAAAGCCAAAAUAUUGCAGUGAAAGGAGAUGCAUCUUGACUCUGCAGUAGAAAGAUGACAACUAAAAUUCAGCAGACGCAUGCCUUGAGUUAUAAGCCCAUGUCUGACUGACUGAUGGACAUAAGGGAGAGGGGGUUUUAAAACGUUAACUGCAAAGGAUUGAAAUUGUUUGGCCUUACCUUUGGGGAGCUGCUGUGUUGUCCAGUCUACAGUAUCCACCUGCAACAAGCUGCAAACCAUGACUCAAAACAAAUGCAUGCUCUGUCCAAAGAAAACUGCAGCCACCAAAAGUAAAUGCUAAUCUUCUUGCCCAUUCUUUUUGAUUAAACAUGCAACUCUUUUGGGACCACUAAUGUAAAAAAAAAAAAAAAAAAAAAAAAAAAAAGAAAAAACUUUUUCUGUGGCUAAAAAAAACAAACAAACAAACAAAAAAACAUAAUGUGACAAAUCUGUGAAAGCCGAUGGCCCUUAUUAAACCAGAAUCCUGGUUCUUGAUGCACCUUAGCACAAAUAUCCCUCCCUCCAUCUCCCAUAGCCACAAAUUAUGGCUCAAAGGCAAAACUAACACUGAGACUGUGUUAUGCUGCACAAAGAAAGCAGUAUCUGAAAGGAUUUGAAGUGUGGAGGUUGAACCCUUGAGUGUGUCGUCUGUGGCGUACUGUACAGUAGUAGCUAAUCUGUCUGUAUCUAUCUCUAUCUAUCUUUCUCUGUCCUAGACCAGUUUACAGUACAUUAGUGACUGCACUAGGCACUCUUGGCUUACAAUUUUGGAUUGGAUUUGUUUGAUUUCUACAGAGGAAGUUACAUUAUUAUUGCUAGUUUUUCCUCUGUCGAUGUUUAGAUUGUUUUUUUAUUAUUAUUAUAUUAUUAUUAAGACUAUGAUGUUAUUGGUAUUCACUAUUAAUGAUAAUUGCUGUAGUUUUACAUAGAAGAAGGAACACUUCUUUCAUCUGGUGAAAAUACUAAGCUGUUAUACAAAUCAUACAUUUACAGUGGCAGCCAUUGUAGUUUAGUCCUCGUCAUGAAUCCUGUCAAGCGUUGGUCCAGCUUUAGCAUUAAACAGGAAAAUGAAACAAGCAACACACAUUUAUUCCCCAAUAGUCACUCUUUGGAGAGGUGAGGUGUGAGGAGUUGAAGUAAUACCAAAUCCACAAUGGCUCCGCCUGUAAGUUUGUAGGUAUUUGGUGGUUUUCCAGCUUUUUAUCUUCUGCAACAGGGCACAGUAUUCAGUUUGGAUAAGAUUAAGUCUGUAGCCGUUUAUUAACCCGUAUGUCUAACAACAGCUGGAAAAAAGUGUAUCAUCUCCCAUUAAGCGUGAUUAAUUAUUUUCCAAAAAUGUCAAAAACCACCUCAACUACCAUUGCAAUUUUUUCUUUUUUUUUUUCAACUUUUUCAAAAACCUUUUCUAAUGUAACUCUUUAAAAUGUUCAG